GGGAGGGGGAUGAUCAGAUAGGGCGUACAGUUGUGUUGGAGAUCAAGGAUAUCCGUGCUCUAGCAGCGGCGGCGGCGGGGAAUCUUUUGACAGCGAGACGCACAGAGAGAUUGCGAUGGCAGUUUGUUCCGGCCGGCUAUCGGAGGGCUAGCAGGGCCCUCUCAUCUUCAAAGACAAAACUCCCCCCCGAUCUCUUGCAACUGAGUCACCCACCAUCAGGGAGGAGCUGAGACGAAGGAACAUUCAUCGAAAUAGUUAUUUAGCCGGCAUAUGCUGCUUAAUGGAUUGAAAACCGGCGCAUGGAGAUUAUCAGUUACCUAUACUCAGCCAGUCUGUUCUGCCUUCCUCUCAUCCUCGGGAGUUCUGUUCGGACCGGCCCAGGAGGAAAUCAGUCCAACUUCUAUGAACACAGCACACUGCCCUGCAAGAAGGACGAGCGACAAUGUGGGAAAGGCUUGUGUCUGCUCAACUGGCUGCGUUGUCACUACAGGAAGGACUGUGGCCGCGAGUACGCCUCCAUCAAGUUAAUAUGCUCAAAGCUGCUGUCGAACCAGAGCGGUGGGAGCCACGGGUAUCCGCACUACGAGAGCGGCAGUGAUGCCAACCUGCUAGUGUCACCCCUGGUCGUGGCGGGCAUCGUCAUCGGCCUGGUCCUCUUCCUCUCCUGCAUGACCAUCAUCGUCGGCAGCUUUAGGAAGGACAGCCGGCUGAGAAACUCCAACAUCAGGGCGGAAGCCAGUUACGCCCCAGAUGCCUUUUCGUUUGGAGAGUCCAUUGGUGAGCUAAGGUCAACUUGUAUUGAGGAUUAUCCACCUGUCUUUGACUUUGAUUCCUACACGGAGACACUCUCUCAGGUCAACGUGAUGUACCAAGAUUCUCCGCCACACUAUGAAGACUGUGUCCGUGACACGGGGCCAGGAAUGUACCUCCCAGAGGAUGACCCUCCGCCGUACUCCUUGACCGACCCCUGGCAAAGACGUGAUCCGACCCCCCGACUCCCCUCCGAGCAGGAACCCUCCGUCCUGGAGAGCGGAGGCUGCACGGACGGUCCGGCAACGGCCCCGGAGAGCCAGCAGGAAGCCGUCUCGUCCGUCUCCACCGCCUCGUUGCCAUCGGAUCAGGCCCCGCCUUACGAGCGAGUGGCUCGGCGCGGGCGUGACGUGGCACUCCCGAUGAUCCCACAGGCCGAACUGAAGGAGACAGCCGGGGAGGGCAGAUCCCUCGCCCGCACGAUCGUGUGAUGGGGAGCCUCGGGCGCGGCUUGGGGGCAGAGGCAGCACGACCUGUCGCCCACACCCUUCUUAUAAAAAAUGCCUAGCCUCCUCGCCCUCAGCCAGCCCUUGACCCUCACUCCCAUUGGCACAGGGAGCAUAGAGGAGCCUCGUGUGUGUGUGUAUGUGUGUGUGUGUGUGAGUGUGACCGGAGGGUCAGGAAAUUGUGUCUACCCUGUCUGCUUACACUGAGGGAGGAACCCUGCACCUUGCACCUGGAGGUGAUGGCAAGUUCAUGGGUUCAAGUCCUGCCCCAGGGACCUGAGGGAAAUAAUCUGUCCUGGGCAGGAAGAAGGGAGAAGCAUUAAACGAGCCCCCACCCCCCCUUCCUCGGCACUGCGUAAGGAAGAGCAGGGAAACCCUGCCCUGUGCCCUGAUUAAUAUUUCCCAUUAAAACUAAUUAUUUGCUAUGAGAUGUACUUUAUUUAUCUGAGAUGUACUAUUCUGAAGUUGGCGGGAUACUAUAGAGACGGGUCCUUUAAUGACGUGCUUAAAGUAUACUCUUCUGUCUGACAUUGAUGUUUUGUGACAGUUCCCUUCUUAUGACAACCCCGGUAUGGCAGAAGAGAGCAGUUAUAAAUGGACUUGGAUAUCGCAUUGUGUUAUGUGCAGUAUAUAGGACAGAAUAAAGAUACGAUUU